AUGGACUACUCACCGAUGUUUAGCGAUGUUCAUCUAUAUCAAAAUGAUUUAAAUUCAACACCAAUAUCAUUACCACCAUCAGUAAUGCCAAGAAGUACCGAACCACAGAACGAAUGCAAUACAGUUGAUGUAGAUAGAACGACAGGUCAAUAUUCAUCAAAUGGUGCAAGAAUAACGACAAAUGUGGGUCAACCACCAUCAGUUCAAUCCUAUCGUCCAAAUUCUGUUGCACCUGUGACACUAUUUUCAAAAGCUUCAACACCAUGUACACCACGACUGGUUGAUAGUUCACAUUUACAACCAAUUAUACAAAAUAUUGUAUCAACAGUAAAUCUUGGUUGUCCAUUAAAUUUAAAACGUAUUGCGCAACAAGCACGGAAUGUUGAAUAUAAUCCAAAACGUUUUGCUGCUGUUAUUAUGCGAAUACGUAAUCCACGUACAACUGCUUUAAUAUUUAAUGCAGGGAAAAUGGUCAUUACAGGUGCUAAAAGUGAAGAAGAUUCACUCCAUGCUGCACGGCGUUUUGCUCGAAUUAUAGAAAAACUUGGUUUUCCUGCUAAAUUUCAAGAUUUUACAAUUCAAAAUAUUGUUGGAAGUGUUGACGUUAAAUUUCUUAUUCGAUUAGAAGUUUUGAAAUUAAUGCAUGGUAACUUUUGUACUUAUGAAGCAGAAGUGUUUCCUGGUUUAAUCUAUAAAAUGCUGGAUCCGAAAAUUGUGCUACUUAUUUUUUUUACCGGCAAAGUUGUAUUAACAGGUGCAAAAGUUCGCCAAGAACUUAAUGAAGCAUUUAAACGUAUUUAUCCAACACUUGCAAGCUUUCGAAAAUAA